GCGCGGCGAGCUGUGGCGGUUUGGAUCUGGCCCGUGGGGAAUCGCGUUAUGUCGCGACCCAAGAACCAAAAUUACAAGGGCCAUGGAUUGUCAAAGGGAAAAGAGCGAGAGCAGAGAGCAUCAAUCCGGUUCAAGACCACCCUCAUGAACACACUCAUGGACGUCCUUCGCCACAGGCCAGGAUGGGUGGAAGUGAAGGAUGAAGGAGAGUGGGAUUUCUACUGGUGCGACGUCAGCUGGCUCCGGGAGAACUUCGACCACACCUACAUGGACGAACACGUGCGGAUCAGUCACUUCCGGAACCACUACGAGCUGACCCGGAAGAACUAUAUGGUAAAGAACCUGAAGCGGUUCCGGAAGCAGCUGGAGCGCGAAGCGGGAAAGCUGGAGGCAGCCAAGUGCGACUUCUUUCCCAAAACCUUUGAGAUGCCUUGCGAGUACCAUCUUUUUGUGGAGGAGUUUCGCAAAAACCCAGGAAUCACCUGGAUCAUGAAGCCUGUAGCCCGGUCACAGGGGAAAGGCAUCUUCCUCUUCCGCAGGCUGAAGGACAUCAUGGACUGGAGGAAGGGCACUGCAGGGAAGAAGCUCAGCAGCCUGGAGGCCCAGCCUGCUGGAGCUGUCAGUCCCUCUGGCAGCCACGACACAAGAAGCUCUGAUGACCAGAAAGAUGAUAUUCCUGUGGAGAACUAUGUGGCUCAGCGUUACAUUGAAAAUCCCUACCUGAUAGGAGGCCGCAAGUUUGACCUGCGUGUCUAUGUGCUGGUGAUGUCGUACAUCCCGCUGCGGGCCUGGCUGUACCGGGAUGGCUUUGCCCGAUUCUCCAACACCCGCUUCACGCUGAACAGCAUUGAUGACCAGUAUGUUCACCUCACCAACGUCGCUGUGCAAAAAACAUCUCCCGACUACCACCCAAAGAAGGGCUGCAAGUGGAUGCUGCAGCGCUUCCGGCAGUACCUGGCAUCCAAACACGGGCCCGAGGUGGUGGAGACGCUCUUCAGGGACAUCGACAACAUCUUUGUCAAAAGCCUGCAGAGUGUGCAGAAGGUGAUCAUCAGUGACAAGCACUGCUUCGAGCUGUACGGCUACGACAUCCUCAUCGACCAGGACCUCAAGCCGUGGCUCCUGGAGGUCAAUGCGUCCCCGUCACUGACAGCCAGCAGCCAGGAAGACUAUGAGCUCAAGACCUGCCUCCUGGAAGACACCCUGCAUGUCGUGGACAUGGAAGCAAGGCUCACGGGAAGGGAGAAGCGAGUCGGGGGCUUUGACCUCAUGUGGAAUGAUGGCCCUGUUAGCAGAGAGGAGGGGGUUCCUGACCUGUCGGGAAUGGGAAACUUUGUGACCAACACACACCUUGGAUGCGUCAACGAUCGGAAAAAACAACUGAGGCAGCUCUUCUACUCCCUUCAAGUCCAGAAGAAAGCUUCCAGUUGAUCCCCAGCUGCCAGGAGGAAAUCAGCCUUAGCAGGCCCUGUGUUUGAGCUUCGGAGCUGAGCCAGAAACCAGAAAACCUUGGGCUCAUGGGCAGGACAGCUUGGGGAGUUGAGUGUUAAGCCCAAAGGGAAGACUUUUGGAAGGAAAAUACUGGCAAAUCCAAGAAGUGAACCCGCUGACUUUAGGAAAGCCAGAAGCCAAGCUACUCUGGACCUUCUGCCUUCAGAGCAUGAGGACUUCUCCCAUUCAUCCUUGUGACUGAGGCAAACACAGACAGGUCCAGGCAUGGGCUCCAGGUUCCCUAUUUCCAGAAGGAAUGCGAUUGGCUCUUUUUGGCCCAGCACCCACCCUGCAAGGG